UUCAUCGGCGCGAGGGAGGCACCGUCGCCGCACCAACCGCUGCUCCGUCUCGUCCGUCUCCGACUGCCAUGCUGCAAGUCGCUGUCCUCCUCACUGCCCUGAGCCGGCCUGCGCUCGUCGCGCCGAGGCCGCCCGCGCCGCUGCGGUCCCGCGCGCCCGUCGCCACGGCGCCGGCGCCGGCCUCGCUGCUCGGCAAGGCGGCGCGGAUGGUGCGCGGCGACCCGACCAUCCAGUACGAGACCAUCACGUGCUCGGACAUCGACGAGGAGGAGUGCCUCGCGCUCUGCGACGAGGAGACGGGCUGCUCCAUUGUCGCGCCCAGCGCCGCGCUCCGCACGCUCAAGAUCGGCGUCUACUUUGCGCUCUGGUUCGCGCUCUCGACGGGCUACAACAUCGCGAACAAGGUGCGGCUCAACGCGAUCGCACUGCCGUGGUGCCACUCAGCCGCCUCGCUCGGCGUCGGCUCAGCCUUCGUCUCCUUCCUCUGGGCUACCGGCCUGCGCAAGCGGCCGUCGCUGCCGCGCGCCGCAGUGGCGACGCUGCUCCCAAUCUCCUUUCUGCACGCGCUCGGCCACAUCGGCGCCGUGGUGUCGGCGGGCGCGGGCGCCGUCUCCUUCACGCAGAUCGUCAAGGCUGCCGAGCCAGUCUGCACGGCACUCCUCUCGUGGGGCAUCCUCGGCGCCACAAUCUCCGCGCCGGCCGCUCUCGCCCUCGUGCCGAUCGUCGCGGGCGUGGCGCUCGCUUCGGUGAGCGAGCUCUCUUUCACGUGGCUCUCCUUCUCGGGCGCGAUGCUCUCCAAUCUCGCCUUCGCAACACGCAACAUCCUGUCGCGCGCCUCGAUGGACCGGCCAAAGGGGAAGAACAUGACGCCCGAGAACCUCUUCGGCGUCCUCACCGUCAUGUCCUUCCUGUGGGCCCUCCCCUGCGCCAUCCUCAUCGAGGGCCCCACCGCCCUGGCGAAGUGGAGCGCCGCGACGGCGGUCAAGCCGGCGUCGUACAUCCUCCAGUACACGGUCUCGACCGGCCUCUACUUUUACCUCUACAACGAGGUUGCGAUGCUCGCGCUGAACAACGUCAACCCGGUGACACACGCGGUCGCAAACACGCUCAAGCGUGUCGUGAUCCUGCUCGCGUGCGUCGUCUUCUUCAAGACGCCGAUGACGCCGCUCUGCAUCGCCGGCUCGACGGUGGCGAUCGUCGGCUCCUACCUCUACUCGAUGGCCAAGGGGCGCGAGAAGGCGCUGGCCAAGGCCGCCGCCAAGAAGGGGGCGGCAUGACCAUGAGCCACCGCGCGGCUUGCCGCAGCGGUCGCGCCGCGCCGGGUAUUGCUACGUCAGUAGGUCCCGCGGCGUUUGGGUCUUGCUCCAGCGCCCAUAGGGUGGCCUUGAUUGCGCGCCGCCUCCCGGACGAGGGAGGGCGGCGCGCCCUAUUUGCCGCGCGCUGGCUUGUGUACAGACGGCGUUAUGGCCCCUCUCUUCACGCCGGAAAUUUCUAAAAAAGAAAGGUGUUCC